CGCCAGAGCGAUAGCGAAGAGGGGAGGCUUUGUCACACAGACUCCGGAGCCAUGAACAUAUUUGAUCGGAAGAUCAACUUUGAUGCCCUCUUAAAAUUUUCCCAUAUAACCCCCUCCACACAGCAGCACCUGAAGAAGGUCUAUGCAAGUUUUGCCCUAUGUAUGUUUGUGGCGGCCGCGGGAGCCUAUGUCCAUGUGGUCACUCAUUUCAUUCAGGCUGGCCUGCUGUCUGCCUUGGGCUCCUUGGUGUUGAUGGUUUGGCUGAUGGCAACACCUCACAGCCAUGAAACUGAGCAAAAAAGACUGGGACUUCUUGCUGGAUUUGCUUUCCUUACAGGAGUUGGCCUGGGCCCUGCCUUGGAGCUGUGCAUUGCCAUCAACCCCAGCAUCCUUCCCACUGCCUUCAUGGGCACUGCAAUGAUCUUCACCUGCUUCACCUUGAGUGCACUCUAUGCCAGGCGCCGUAGCUACCUCUUUCUGGGAGGUAUCUUGAUGUCAGCCAUGAGCCUAAUGCUCUUGUCUUCCCUGGGAAACCUUUUCUUUGGAUCCAUUUGGCUUUUCCAGGCAAACCUGUAUGUGGGGCUGGUGGUCAUGUGUGGCUUUGUCCUUUUUGAUACUCAACUCAUUAUUGAAAAGGCUGAAAAUGGAGAUAAGGAUUAUAUCUGGCACUGCAUUGAUCUCUUCUUAGAUUUUGUUACCCUCUUCAGAAAACUCAUGAUGAUCCUGGCUAUGAACGAGAAGGAUAAGAAGAAAGAGAAGAAAUGAAAUGACCACCCAGCCUUUCCCAGUUGACUUCCUCUCCUUCCACCCCUCAUUUCUUCUUUGCACACAUUACAGGUGGCGUGUUCUGUGAUAAUGAAAAGCAUCAGAAAAGCUUUUGUACUUUGUGGUUUUCUCUAUUUUGAAUUUUUUGAUCAAAAAACCGAUUAGCAGAAUAUAGUUUGGAGUUUGGCUUCCUCUUCCUGGGGUUCUUCUCACUCCCUUUUCUGUCAACCCCAUCUCCAUAGCCUCUUCCUCUGCUCAGGCAGCCAGUCUGCUGUGCUGAGGACCAGCAGAGAAUGCUAACUCCAUGAGCCGCUUGUCCACCAAGCUUCGCCCAGUGGACCUGGACUGUUUGGUAGAGCCACCUCGGCCCUUCCUUCCUCAGCAUUGUUUGGUUUGUGUGCAGUUCCUGUGGGACUGGGCAGUGUUUUCUCCAUGGAAAGAAGUUCUAGAAGAUCAGGCCUAUUAUAUUGUUAGCUCAGACUUAUUAUAUCUGAGCUAUCAACCCCUACAGAGAAAAUGCAGAGCCUCUUCUGGUGGAUGCUGUUUGAUGCCUCUGAGCUGCCCAAGCUGGUGUGACAAACACAGCUUUCUGCCUCUCCUUCACAAAGGAGUGUGGAUGUGUGUGUUCCCUUUUCUACCCCUUGCCUGACCCUCAGGGAAUCUGCCUGCUUUCCAUCCAUGGGGCAGGGAGAUUUCAGGACAAAGGGAAGGCUAAUUCUUGUCAGGCAUUUAGGAAAAGGCUGAUUAUAUAUGGCAAGGUACAGCAUAAGGUUCCCAAACUUCCCCUGGGUUGUUUUUUUUUUUUCUCUUUUUAAAUUGGUUUAUCACCUUCAUUACUGAGUGGCCUCCACCAGGUGGCUAUGAUUAAAGGUCCUAAAAGAGGAAGGAUAGGGAAGGGGAAUGGUUGAGCCUCUGGGACUAAUUGUAACUAGUCCUGCCAGAUAAACCUAGAUGAGGACCUGCUGGGGCAGAGGAAAGCAAAAUCUCUUCCAACCACGUGGUUCCUUGCUAAGAUCAACAGAACAGGCUGUGAAGACUUGGUAGGCAGUUUCUAACAGUCCUUUGGUGUGUCCUUCUGUCUGUCCUCACUUGGAUACUAAUAGGUAGUGUCAGGCCAGAGAUUUGGGGCAGUAAUUAAAUGUUCAUUUUACUAAUGCACUUUAGUUUUUGGUUUGUUCACCUGUUUCCAGAAAUCAGCUUUCUAUGUAGGAGCCAGGUGACCAAACCCGUAAGCACCCCAAUUCUCUGCAGCUUUGUAGUUUCAAGUGUGGGUGGGCUGCCCUUAUGUGGACCACCAGCUCUUUCCCUGUGGGUUGCCACGGUCAGCUGGCACUAAAGGGCAGAAUUGGGAGUGGUUGUGGCUCUGGGCUACUCACGGGGCUUCAGUGUAAGGGGACUGAGCCAUUGAAAGCUCAUUACCAGUAGGACACUGUUUUUGGCUCUCCUUGUUCACAACCAGUGCACAGUUUGACACAGCGGCUGCUGGUUCACAGCGCACCACGUUGCUUUGCCAUCCCAUGAAAUGCUUGUUCCCAUGCUGACUGCUUAUUCCUGGAGUGGCAUGCCACCGGGAUGGCCCGUUUCCAUGGAAGAUGCUGCCCUCUGACUUAGCUUCUGCCUCCAGCCUCUGGUGUGAAAAGUUACUAAAGGGACUUCCUUCCCAUUAAGGCUCCAUUAACAACUCUCCAUAAAUUUGGUGAUUCUCUGCCAGCCCUGAGAAUUUGAGCUGAAUUUCUUGAAGCCAAACUCCACCUCUUGUGCUUUUUUGCUUGGGAUAAAGGAAUUUUUCUUUAGAAACAGUGCCAAGAAUGACAAGAUAUAUAAAAAAACUACUUUUAAAGAAAAUGCCUAACAAGUUUUUAAUACAGUUAUCACUGAAAUUACCACUUUGUUUUCUAGUUCCUUGGUUUUCAGCUCAGGCUGCAUUCUCUAACUCAUACUGUGAAGACAAAGGUGUUUUUGAUUCAGAAAUAUAUGAAAUCUACAUAGUCUUAAUUUGUAAAAAAUAAAGAAAAUUCCUUAACCUUU